CUUUCGGUCCCACUUUCGUGGAUUAGAACCCAACAACUUCAUUUCCCCCACACAACUACAAAAUAAAUAAAUAAAAAUGGUACAACAAUAAUAGUAGUAAUAAUUAAUAAUUAAGCAGUAGGAUUUCUAUUAGAAAAUGGCUCCAAUGAAAAAUAAGAUGAGGAAGCUACAAUUAAUGUUAAGGAAAUGCAAGAGUUUAUCAAGGCAAUUGAAAUUGAAAAGAUCAACUUCCUACACCAGUCUUAGAUCCAACAACUCAACUAAGGAAGAAGAAUACGAGACUAUCUUUGUAGGGAGUUCAAGAAGGCGUUACGUGAUCGAUUCCAAGUACUUGAGUCAUCCUUUGUUUAAUGCUCUUCUUCAGAAAUCCAACCAAACUCCAAUAACAGACCACCAACAUUCUUGUAGUAAUAGUAUCUCUAUUACUAUUAUGUGUGAAGUUGUACUCUUUGAUCACCUUCUUUGGAUGCUUGAUAAUGGUGAUCCUAAUCUCGACAACGACGACGCUUUUGAGUCCUUGGAUCAACUUGCUGAUCUCUAUCUUCACUCAUCAUAAAACCAAACCGACGGUCCACGCGCCUUCCAGAUCUCUAAAUAGUGAGUUACUGGUUUGUCGGAAUGGUUUCUGUUUUAUAUCCGGCAGUUAUAUUCAUACAAAAGUGGUAUAUAUGUUGUAUAUUUAGGGUACCAUACAAUAGUAUAAUGUAUGUGUAUGUCAUAUUGUCAUAUGAUCCUUCAAAAUGAAGCAUAAUUUAUACUAUAAUGUAUGUUAUGUAUGUUUGAUCGUUGUACUAUAUUAUAUUCCAUAAUGUUAGUUUUAUUUAUUUAUUACUA